UGAACGACGGGAUUCAUUCAUUCAAGUUUCAACCUUUGAAGUCAAAGACUCAAACAUGCGACGACAAGUUGCACUGGUUUUGGUAAGCUUUAUAACUGUGUUUACUUAUUGUAAUUUAGUCUUUGUUAAUUUUUGCAUAUAUUUAUUUUGUUUUGCUUGGAAAAAACAGAAUUUUGUAAAAACUUAUUCUGUAAAGAUUUUAAAUAUUCCCCACUCGCCUAGGAAUGCUUUAGGCUACAAGUAUACGCUUGGGCAGAAUAAAAACAAACAUUCUUUCUCCCAAGGCUAUAAGUCGAUCUUUUAUGUCUACACAUGUAAAAAUCUCAGAACUUGUCAACAAGAUGUGUUCCCAACAGGCUUGUAGCAAGCUUGUCAACCAAUUGUAACAAUGCUGUUAUUUUAUCAAGUUGCUACAAGUUUGUCACUCACAAUUUGUUGACAAAUUGAUGAAUUGCAGGACGACAAUUGUAACAAGUCUCUUGAGCUGAACAACCUUGUAGCAAGUUGUCAGCAAGCCUUUGACAACUUGUCAACAAGCUUGGAACAAGCUGCAGAUCGAGCGAACACAUCUUGUUGUCAAGUUGUUGGAACAGCAUUGUUAUAAUGAUGCAGUUAAUGCGUUACAACUUGUGCGUAAAGGCCCACACAGACCGAACGCGAUUCGACAACGCGACGCGAAUUUUCAGUUUUUAAAAACAAAUAAAACCGUCAACGGAUAAAAAUUUUACAAGAUAUGCAGACCAAAUAGCUAAAAUUGCUUAAGUGGUUCCGAAUAUUGGAAAAACAUAGAAAAAUAGUAAAGUUAAAUGUCAUUGAAAAUUGAAAAUUCGCGUCGCGUUGCCGAAUCGCGUCCGGUCUGUAUGGGCCUUAAAUGUUACGUGUAUAAGAGAAAACCAUUCUGUUUACAUGCCUGUACGUAACUAGGGACGCGUUGGGUUCUGGGUUUUUUAUGAAUUCGUAUCAAUUUAUUAUUUUGAAGACUGAUAAUAUUUUAUUACUUUUUUUUUAAUUAAGGCCAUUGCCGUUAUGGUACGAAAAACUACAUCUGAGGAAUUAGGUACUGUAAUAUAUCUGCUGUUUUUUCUGAUUUAUUUCUGAUUUAUCAGCUUUAUUGGACAAAUAUAGUAGAAACAUUUACAAGUUUAAGUCCAAAGGGGAUAGCGCAAACGGGACAACGAGACCCAUGCUAGGCGCACCCCCUCCAAAAAAAGAAAAAAACCCCAAAAAAAACAACCAACCUAAUUCACUAUAUACAAAUAUAUAUUACAUAACAUGCAUAUUAAGAACGGUGGCAGGGGCAGUCUCUUGUGAGCGACCAAGUGCAUGCCAUAUCAACAUUAAAAGUACUGUUGACCAAUGCGGUGUAUGUCACAUGCAGAAAGCUUUUAAAAGUUGUUAAACUGGCGAACUUUUCAGGAGAGGCUAUUUUUCCAACAUUAGUCCAAGUUUUAACUAUUCGGUUAAAGAACGAUACUUGGAAAGUGGAUGUUCUACAGUAAGGAAAUUUUAACAUUAGAGAUGGAUUCUGAGUACGAGUUCGAUUAUGAUGUAUAAAUGACACAAAAUGUUCAAUGUUCAAAUCAGUGUGGCCGAAAAUACAUUUAUAGACCAGAACAAGAUCUCUGAUUUCUCGAUCGUAAGUUAGUGGCAACAAAUUGAGAGUUUUCAGUCUAUCUUCAUAAGACAUUUCUCCAACUUUACUUUUGAGGAUCCAACGUGUAGCGCGCCUUUGAACUCUUUCUAAUGCAACUUGUAGCUUCACAUUAGCUGGGGACCACACCUCCGUUGCGUAGCACAACUUUGAUUUUACCAAAGUCGGGUAUAGUGUUCGCCUAACUUUAGUAUCUCUAAUCAGGGGACAAGUUCUCUUUAAGAUACCAAGCAUCUUGUUGGCUUUACUGACGAUUGAUAAAAUGUGAGAAUCCCAGGAUAAGUUGCUUUUGACAAUAAUUCCCAGAUCUUUUUCUUGGUGAGCGCGUUUUAAAAUUACAUUACCCAGACGAUAGUCAGUAAUUACAGGUGAUUUUUUUGGAGUUAUUGUUAAUACCUUACACUUGGAGGCGUUAAAUUUCAUGUUAGAGUUAUGACUCCAAUUGUUCAAGUUCGAAAUAUCAUGCUGCAAACUUUCAGACUAGAAUUAUUAGUUUUUAAUCAGCUUCACUCAAAUAUUUUAGUUAUUUUCCUUCGAAUCCAAUUAAUGUUUUACCCACUUCCCCCACUGCCUGGGAAAACAAUUUUCCGACUGGAAUACAACAAUUUGCCGACUACUUGACGUUGGUGUUCCACCCAGUGCUCUCACAACCAAAUUUUGAUAUUCCUUAGUGUUCCGACCCUCCGGUCGCUACGGCCCUGAAUAAGCGACAGACGACAGUAAAUGAUGGAUCAAUACUAUUUUUCUCAUUAAGGCAUUUAACUUCGAGAAUCUACUAAAAUGCUUGUUAUGGAAAGGUCGUUAUUGAAGUCAUUCAACUUUGAGAAUCUUUUAAGUCUAUUAACAUACUUGUUAUUAAUUAAAAAGGUCGUAAACUUUUGUAAGAAUCAAUUAAAGGUCACUCGACAAUAUUUUGAAACCAGUCAGCAUUUCGUCUAAACUGCCAAAGACCUAAAGCCUUGCCCCACCCUGUCAAACACCUGAAGCUUUCGUAACAUCAUCGUAACAUCUAAAUUUUUCUUUGAAAAACCUAACAUGAUAGCGCUUAGUUAAACCAACCCGCUGUGUGUCAUUUUUAGGUGUUUCGGCAAAUCUCGCCCUGCAUGAGAAAACUGGUGAAUCGAGCAAGUACAUUUCUGACACUGAAGGAAUGAAUGCUGUGAAUGGGCGAGUAGAUGAUGUUAAAACAGCGCAGCAUUUUGCAUCAGCUCUUCCAAAUGAUGAUCCUGACCCAUACUGGUAUGUCGAGUUGGACGACAUGUAUUUGGUUCAAACUGUUGAGAUUAUUAGCCGGCGUGAUUGCUGUGUAGAUCGUGUGGAAACCAUUGAAGUUAGAGUCGGUAUGUAUAAUGAUCUAUUAAUGAUUUUAUUGAUUUUAUUUUACUCUUUCAGACAAGGUGUGGUAAGCUACCUGAGGCAGAGGGUCAAGACACGCCCGGAAAAAAUGUACUUUCUAGGAAAAAAUUUACUUUCUAGGACUGCAAGAGAACAUUGAAAAUUUUCUGCAAAUAAUCGAGUAAAUCCACACUCGGGCACUGUAACUGUGUGACACUAACAAGUUGUCAAACUGGAUGUCAUGCUAUAUUUUACGGAAAAAUUAUUUCAGUGCACUGAGAAUCUUAAAAUAUAACAUAAAACUAAUUUAGAUAACAUGUAUCAAGGGUCUGAUCCUAAGGUAAUGCAGAUGCAAAAAAAGGGCACUACUAUAUAUGGGCACUAUCAGGGGGAGCCAUGCUCCCCAAGAAAAUUUUGAAAAUCAGGUGUCCCAGAUUGGCAAAAAGUUUAUUUGCCAUACAACAUUUGUUACCUCCUUCUAUAGUCUAACACAUUUAUACACUAUCGCACUAUUGAGAUGGUUGCACUUAUAAUUGCAUUUCUCAGGUCAUUGCGUGAAUUUUCCUCUGAAUUUCUCCUUUUCUCUAAAUUAUUACAUUUAUCCUUUUUUUUCUUUCUUGGGGAAAUAUUUUCUGGGAACUCCAAAAAUUUUCUGGGGCCAAUGGUCCCGUUGUCCGACACUUUUUCCACCCAUGGAUUCCCUACGCCCCUUCUUUCCCUACCCUAAUUGUAAGUUUGCGAUUUUAGGUGAGAGGUUGAAUGACGAUGGAGGCAAGACUAAUCCUCUAUGCGGGGAACCUAAAAACAUGAACAACAUACCCAAGCACACAUUCCGCUGUGAGGUGUAUGGCAAAUUUGUGACUGUUAAGAAGGCUAAUCCCCCUGUUAUAUAUUGUCUUGUCUUACUUGAAGUCAUGGUGAAUAAGGAACCAACUCGUAAGUUCACAUUGCGACUAUUCUGAGCUCGCUAACAUAGUAAAGAUCUCUGAGUCAGGAGAGCUUUGGGUAUUAAUGAGUUAACAACAUUGAAAUGAAUAUAACUGAACGGUACCUUCAGAUAAACUGCCUAUCUUUCUCUUGAAGCCAAAUUUGACCUCCAUACACGCGUGUCUAGAGGUCCGAUCACGCGUGUUUAUGUCAUGAUUGACAGAUUGCGCGCUCUUCGCAUGCGUGAAAAGACUGGGACUGGCCUUCAAGUCCGGAUCAAACGAAGAUGAGAGUGCGUGAGAGUUGGCAGUCUCGCGAUCAUCGUUAGCUGUUUUUAAUACUUUCCCAAUACUAUAGUUUGUUAAUCUAGAGAUUGAAAAGUUUGAAGUGUCCCCCAUAACAAUCAGUGACUGCCAACGCUCAUUCUCCAAAAAUGUUUUUUCAGAAACAGUUACAAGUAAUGUGAUAAUGACUAAUAUAUGCUCCAAAAUUUAAACUAUAUUAUAUUUACAGAUUUAAAAUUAUUUACGAUUAUCUAAAACUAUUUAAAUUAUAAAAUUGAGAUACUAAUUAAUUCCUAAAGAAAAAAAAUGUUAGGAGGUAUUAAGUAGUCCACUCCUUGUAUAAAAGCUUUCUUGCUGAAUUUUUAUAAAUUUGCAGACUAGAAAUUUUUUGUAAAUGUUUUUUGUUUCUACUUUUAGUAAACGUUGCAUUUAAAAGGCCAACCCGUCAUUCAAGUAUAAACACAGAGGCCGCAGACUCAAGUCACGCUGUUGAUGGAAUACUUGAAUAUUAUUGAUUUCGUACGGCUGAUGAUGGUGCUCUACCGCACUGGCUGAUGAUUGACUUUGAAGAAAGAAGGAAAGUCCAUAAAAUCUUUGUCUUGCCAAAAACAAACUACUUGGAGCGCUUCAAAAAAGUAAUCAUGACCUUAGGUACGUACAUACAUUAUCCUCUAUUAAUGAUAUAGGGCUGGCAACGCACCGCCCAGCGGGCAAAAUGACGUUUAUCCAACGUUGAAUCAACGUUGGAAAUGACCUUCCAGACGUUGGAUAGACGUUGAAAAAGGGUUGACUAUGCAAAUUGGAUCGACGUUACUGUUUCGACGUUGAAACAACGUUGAAAUUAGGCUGCCAAUCUCGUCAACCAUAAUUCAACGUUGAAUCCACGUUAAAACAACGUUGAGAUUGGUUCACAAAUCGACGUCGUACAUUUAACCAUGAAUGAACGUUAAUUCAACGUCUGUUGGCUGCUGUUGAACCAAUGUUUGUAGAACAACGUCAGAGCAACGUAGAUAUUAGGUUGUCGACGUCGCAACCUUUUUUCUACCAAAUUUCAACGUUGAAACAACGUCGUGUGCCCGGUGGGCGGAUGAAAUUUGAUCGCGUUGCCGGCAGAAAAAAAGUUGCAACAUGUGCCGCAACGAUUUUCUCGUCCAGUAAGACAAGUGCACAGCCAGAGUUUACAAAUCAAGGCUAAAUUCACGAUUCCUUGUAUCUACAUACAUGAACUUGCGGUUAGAACUCGACAACUAGACUCUGUAGCUCAAAUGGUUAGAGGGCGGCACCGGAAUCGCAGGGUCGCAGGUUCGAUUCGUGCCAUAGCCUGCGAACAGGCUCUCAAGCUGAAUUGAGAGCCUGCAUCGAUGACUAAUGAAUUUGAAUAUCUGCGUCUCAAAUCGUGACGCGAAAUUCUCAUUGGUCAAAUGCUAUAAUUUAUAUUAUUCCGCUGAGCUCUAUAUAUGUCAACUGCUAGCACUAUGCAUAAAAAAACACAUUAACUGAUCAAAUUGGUCGUGGCCACCUUAUCUCAAAGCACGGAAUGUUCUAUUUUGAGAAAACAGUAUUUAAAACAUGUAAACUUUUGCUUCAAUAUCUUAUAUUUCGAAAAACAGUAUAAACUGUACGGUCUAAAUUUAGUUUGCAUGGUCUAAAUUUAGUUUGCACGAAAGUUGUAAACAACACCAUAUAAGGAUAGACAUUCCAUAUUUGGAAAAACGAACGUUACGGGGCAGAUAUUCAAAUUCAUUAGUCAUCGAUGCAGGCUCUCAAUUCAGCUUGAGAGCCUGUUCGCAGGCUAUUCCUGCCAGAGGGCCUAUAGUUGCAUUUUUCUCAACUGCUCCUGGUUAAGUCUCAGAAAACAUAACCUCUUGAGUCUUGAGGUAAUAAUUAGUAAAUAAAGCUUACAUCGUUGUUAUUACUAUUGCCAAAUAGGGGAUGAUUUGACUGACAAUGGGAAACACAAUGCAAAGAUUGGCGACGUCCACGACUUCUCUAAAAAGAAACACUCCGUCGUAUACGUAUUGCCUCGCAAACCUGAUCGUUAUUUUUACUUUGAGUCCCAGCUCCUUCAAGCUCUUCAGAUUUGGGAAAUAGAAAUUUAUGAAGAAACACAGCGUAAGUUUGUCUCAUUUGAUCCGUAUAAUAAUAAGAAGAAUAAUGAUAGAAAUAUAAUAAUUAAGAAAUAGAAAAGAUUUUCCGUUUUUCUAUAGUUUUGCAGUCAAAUGAUGUCUGAAAUUCAGGUCUUUUUACUUACAUUGCUGGAAACUAUGGCGUCAAUUUUAAAGCAUCAUUGAUAAUUUUAUUUUAAUUGACAAUUUUUUGCUACUAUUUUGUGUUUCAACCGCCAGAUGCAUUUAAAAAGGUAGCUAACAAAGUAAUUUUGAGAGGUACGCCAAAAAGGUUUUAGGUUCUGAACGCUUUUCAUCGCAAUAGGCGACAUUGAAAAAACUGCCUCUUCAAUAAGGGGCUGUUUACACGAUCUCGGCACAGAAUAGAGACAAACAGAAGAUCGACUUCUUGGUUUUUGCUAUGAUUUUGGCGUAACCGUAAUUCGUCAUCAAAAUGCUGACGCCAUGGUCCUAGCCAGUGCCACAGAUUAAGAAUAUACCAGAUGUGUAACUUCAUAGGACUUCGUGUCCUCAAAUUUCCCUAGAUGUACACGUCAUGCUCACGCCAUGAUGCUAACAAAAUGGCGUCCUGAAAAACACGAACUUUUGCACUUUAUUGCGGCCUUUUUGGAUCGAAAUUUUUGGAUUAAACAAUCAAUGUUGAAUGUUUAAAGUUCUUGAAAGCAAUUAAAGUUGUUAACAAAGUGUUGAAAGCAUUUUUGAAAGCAAGACGUAUUACCAAAUGACGAAUUAUCACGCGAGCGACACUUGCUAGGAAGAUGGCGACCGUGGGACAACUUUCAUUUACUGAAGUUACACAUCUGUACAUACCUAAUCUAUGCCAGUGCGCGUAUGAGAUGCAUUCACCCCCCUGAUAAUAUUCAAAAUGGCGGACGUCCAGGGCGCAAGAAUAAGAAGGUACAGCAGAAGUGUAACUCGAGUCGGUUCCCUUAUUGUUUUACGUCCACGAAAAUUUUAACUCGCUCACGCCAUCCUGGCUAGUACAACCGGAAGUUUUUAUCAGGUUUGGGUAGGUACAAAGUGCCGGUUGUACUAGCCAGGAUGGCGUGAUUGAUGACGAAUCGCUUGUAAAAACGCGGACUUGCUUGAGUGAGACUUCUGCUGUACCUUCUUAUUCUGUGUCAAGGGGGUGAAUGCCUCUCAUAAGCGCACUGGCUAGGACCAUGGCGUCCGCAUUUUGAUGACGAAUCAUGGCGUGGAGCGGUUACGCUUUUUUGGCUUAGUUGACCUUCUGUGUAUCUUUAUUCUGUGAUCCCCGUUUGCCGAGACGGGAUGAAAGUCUGGAUGAUUGAGAUAUAUUGAAUAAAUCACUAGGCUUAAACGAAAGCUCAAACGCCGGUUGAAAGAACUCAAAUGUUGUCGAGAAGAUCUCGUAGUUCAAGAAGAUUAUUAUAUUGCUGCUUGAACAAUCUUUCGUUUACAAUAUACUAUAAUCUAUUACUAGAAAAUAAUGUAGUUUUGCUGAAUCAUGCACCGUGACUUAUUUUAAUGCAUCAAAAUCAUCCCGCUUAGCAUUGGCAAAACUAUUGGGUGUUACUAUUGGCAAAACUAUUGGGUGUUAGAUCCAACUUAAAUGGAACACACGCGUAAAUAAUAUAAUUAUAUCAAAAUGCUCCAAGCGAUUAUAUCUUUUGGUCCAGCUAAAACGAGCUAAAUAAUGAUAUCAUACAGUUUUACAAGACAUGUAUUAGAUCAGUUUUGGAGUACGCAUCCAUCAUGUGUUCCACCAGUCCCUGCCAAAGUACUCAGUGAAGAUAUAGAAUGGAUCAAAAAUCGUGCUCAUUCAAUUACAUAUCCUGGUCUCAAAUAUGAAGACACCGUAAUGGAAAGUGGAUUUGGUAGUUCAUACCAACACUAACAAAACUUUCGUUGGUAGGGAAAACUAAAAUGUUGGAGUAAAAUUUAUUAAAAACUAAUGAAUUAAUAUAGCUAAAAGUUUGGGUAAAUUACGGAAACAUUAAGGAAAAACUAAACGAGUAACGGUACGUCAAUCCGAAAGACAAUGAAAAAUAUAUCCGGAAAAUGAUUUAUGUUCAGGCGCAAACCCCCUCCCCCGCUCGCCAAGAAAUUUAUAGAAUAGAAAUAUUAAUUAGGAAAAAAUGUUUAAUGUGCAGUGGUGGAAACGACUCGGCAAAAUUUCACUUACACCCCCCCCACCAUUCAAAUAGGGCUAGCGCCGCCCCUUCCCCUAAACCAAUAUAGAUAUCAGUUUAAGAAUUAUUUUUCUCGUUCACAGCUUUUAUAACAUUACGUACAGAUGAACCUGGGUCACGCAGUCGUAUAUUUUACGAGGGACAUGUCGCUGUGCUUACAUGCCCAGCUAUGGGUCAUCCAAGACCUCGCAUAAUCUGGGUGAAAGAUGGUGUCGUCGUACAGAAUAAAACCACACACACAUAUCUAAAGUGGACGGUCAAUGUCACGAAAGGAUCCAGUAGCAAUUACGAGUGUUACGCAACAAAUAUUCAUGGCAAAGACUACUAUCCCAUCACCGUGACUAUUGCAG